AUGCCACCGAAACAAAACAAAGACAAAGACGUUCAACAUGAUGACUGGGGUGAACUACGAAGGACACUACAGGAGAUGCAGGUUAACAUGCAUACCUCGAUUCAGCAGUCUCAUGAGUCUUUACAACAGACUCUACGAGAGGUUAUGGCAGCAAUAGGUCAACAGCAACCACACCACCAACCACGCCAGCAACAACACCAACACCAUCAACGCGACGAGCAUGUUAUUGGAGACGAUGAUGAUAUGAUCGACGAGAAUCCGUUCGCUCCUCUGCAAGCACAGAUCAACCGGUAUCAAAACUGGAAUCAUGGGCCAAUUGUAGACAACCGACGUUGGGAAAACGGAUUCAAAUCCGACUUACCGGAAUUUACGGGGAGUAUACGUGGAGAAGAGCUGAUCGACUGGAUUGUGACAGUAGAAGAAAUCAUUGAAUUUAAACAGGUGCCUGCUAAUAGACAAGUUGCCCUUGUUGCAACAAAGUUUCGAGGCCAAGCAGCUUCAUGGUGGUUACAAUUGAAAUCAACUCGUGCUCGUGAAGGGAAACCAAAGAUCGCAACAUGGGAAAAAUUGAAGAAAAAGCUGCGUAAAACUUUUCUGCCAUAUAAUUUUGAUCGGACUAUGUUUACAAGACUACAAAAUUUACGACAAGGAUCUCGCACGGUGGACGAAUACGCCGAAGAAUUCUAUCUGCUAAUGACACGCAAUGAAAUUCAUGACAGUGAAAUUCAGCUUGUGUCACGUUUUAUUGGUGGUUUACGGUUUCAACUUCAGAAUGCUUUGGAACAAUUUGAUCCAAACACAGUUGCAGAAGCCCAUCGUCGUGCAGUUUCUUUUGAAAGACAAAGUAAAUCAUCAUCUACUAACUGGAACUCAUCUGCCAGAUUACGUAACACUGCAUCUCAAGAUCAAACAACAAGUCAAGGAUUGAACAAUACAAAUCCAGAAGCAGCGCGCACAUCAGUUUCUAACCGUGCAUCAACAUCGACUGAAGAACAACCACUCCGCCGUUCUUCACGACCCAACGCAUUACGCUGUUUUGGAUGUGGUGAACUAGGUCAUAUACAAACAGCCUGUCCGAAGCAGUCAAAACGAGGUCUUUUAAUUGAAGAGGUUGAUCCCACUUAUGAUGAAUAUCAUGAUGAUAAUGAAGACGAGUUAGGUGACAACACAGAGCUGGAAGGCGACUCGGGUCCUCUGCUAGUAGCAAGACGAAUCUGCCUCGCACCUCAAGUUUUAGAGGAACCAUGGUUGCGUACCAAUAUUUUUCAGUCUACAUGUACGGUUAAGGGAAAAAUCUGCAGAUUCAUUAUCGACUCGGGAAGUUGCCACAAUAUAGUUUCUGAUUAUGCAGUUCGCAAACUGGGUCUUGAUAAAGAAGCUCAUCCCCAACCAUACAAGCUCACUUGGUUAAAAGAAGGAACAGAAGUACGAGUUACUCAUCGUACACUGGUCUCAUUCUCAAUUGGAGCAAUUUACAAAGACAAAAUUUACUGUGAUAUUGUUCCAAUGGAUGUUGGUCAUUUGAUCUUUGGGAGACCAUGGCAGUAUGAUCGAGAGACGACUCAUGACGGCAAACUUAGUACAUUUGAAGAAGAGCUACGGCAAACAGGAUUCGCAUUGGCUUUGCUCUCAGUUUCAGACAUGACCGCAAGUUCUAAGCCACAUAACAUGGCCUUUUGUCCACUCCUCGACGAAUAUAACGAUGUGUUUCCAGAUGACUUGCCAAAGGAGCUACCUCCAUUAAGAGAUAUUCAACAUCAUAUUGACUUGGUUCCAGGGGCAUCACUUCCUAAUAGACCACAUUAUAGGAUGAGCCCACAAGAACACGACGAGUUACGACGACAAGUCGAGAGUUUAUUGUCAAAAGGACAUAUUCGUGAGAGUCUCAGCCCUUGUGCAGUACCAGCUCUAUUAAUUCCAAAGAAGGAUGGAUCUUGGCGUAUGUGUGUUGAUAGUCGUGCUAUCAAUAAGAUAACAGUGCGUUACCGUUUUCCUAUUCCACGCCUCGAUGAUCUACUAGAUCAAAUUGGCGCAGCGACAAUCUUCUCCAAAAUUGUCUCAAGAGCGGCUACCACCAGAUUCGAAUUCGUCCUGGAGAUGAAUGGAAGACAGCUUUCAAAACUCGGGAAGGAUUAUUUGAAUGGCUCGUUAUGCCUUUUGGAUUAUCUAAUGCACCAAGCACAUUUAUGCGGGUUAUGA